GCUGAGGAAUCCUGUAAAUGCAAUGGGUGGAAGAACCCCAACCCACCUCCCACACCACCCCGGGCAGAGCUGCAGCAGGCAGUGGUGAGCCUCGCGGAGCCCUGCCGCAGCUGCAGCCACGCGCUCGCUGCUCAUGUUUCUCACCUGGAGAAUGUAUCUGAAGAAGAAAUGAAUAGGCUCCUGGGGAUCGUAUUGGACGUAGAGUAUCUGUUCACCUGUGUCCACAAAGAAGAAGAUGCAGACACCAAGCAAGUUUAUUUCUACCUGUUCAAACUUUUGAGGAAGUGCAUUUUACAAAUGGGAAAACCUGUAGUAGAAGGAUCUUUGGAGAGUCCCCCAUUUGAGAAACCCAGUAUUGAACAGGGUGUGAAUAAUUUUGUGCAGUACAAAUUUAGCCACUUACCCUCAAAGGAAAGGCAAACAAUAGUGGAACUGGCUAAAAUGUUUCUGAACCGCAUUAACUACUGGCACCUGGAGACACCUUCUCAGCGAAGACUAAGAUCGCCCAAUGAUGAUAUUGCAGGGUAUAAAGUGAAUUAUACCAGGUGGCUUUGUUAUUGCAAUGUCCCUCAGUUCUGUGACAGUCUACCUCGGUAUGAAACCACCCAGGUUUUUGGUAGGACAUUGCUUCGCUCUGUUUUUACUGUAAUGAGACGGCAACUGCUGGAGCAGGCCAGGCAGGAAAAAGACAAGCUUCCUCAAGAGAAACGAACACUAAUCCUCACCCAUUUUCCAAAGUUUCUGUCAAUGCUGGAAGAAGAAGUGUACAGCCAGAACUCUCCCAUUUGGGAUCAGGAUUUCAUGGUGUCUAGUUCCCGAACUGGCCAGCUGGGAAUCCAGACAGUUAUCAGUCCUCCUCCUGUUGCCAGAUCUGUUUCGUACAGUGCAAGUCCUUCAUCUCUGGAGCAACCCAACAGUGGAAGUAUGAGUCCUGCUUGCAAAGCUGCUUCUGCCCUUGACCCAAACCUAGGAGAAAAGAGAAAAAAUAAUGAACCCUAUUCUCCGGAGGAUUCCAAAAGACCAAGGGUUGUGGGAGAUAUUCCUAUUGAGUUAAUCAAUGAAGUAAUGUCAACAAUUACAGAUCCUGCAGCAAUGCUCGGGCCAGAGACCAACUUCCUCUCGGCGCACUCAGCCCGGGAUGAGGCAGCAAGGCUGGAGGAGCGCAGGGGGGUGAUCGAAUUCCAUGUGGUCGGCAACUCCUUGAACCAGAAGCCCAACAAGAAGAUCAUGAUGUGGCUGGUUGGUUUGCAGAACGUGUUCUCCCAUCAGCUGCCUCGAAUGCCGAAGGAGUACAUCACGCGCUUGGUCUUUGAUCCGAAACACAAGACCCUUGCAUUAAUAAAAGAUGGUCGUGUUAUCGGUGGUAUCUGCUUCCGCAUGUUCCCUUCCCAAGGAUUUACGGAGAUUGUUUUCUGUGCUGUGACUUCUAAUGAACAAGUGAAGGGUUAUGGGACUCACCUAAUGAACCAUCUGAAGGAGUAUCACAUCAAACACAACAUCCUCAACUUUCUCACGUAUGCAGAUGAAUAUGCUAUCGGCUACUUCAAAAAACAA